UUUACAAAGUGAAAGACGACGACGAACUGUUCUCAUUGACUCCAGAAAUUUUUGGAAGAAUCAACGGUCAUGAGUUUAUCAAUGUCAUCCUUUAAAGAUAAGGGAACAGACAACCAGGCCUUUGAGAGUGACAGCAAGGAUGAGGAUGUGACACAGCUGGAGUCUCCACCCUCUGGGGCCUCUAACACUCAUCUGGAGGAGUGGGCGCGGCCUGAGCGGGAGCAGUGGAGCAACUCGAGGGAGUUCCUUUUAUCUUGCAUCUCCAUGGCCGUUGGCAUCGGAAAUGUGUGGAGAUUCCCAUUCGUUGCCUUGGAGAAUGGUGGAGGGGCGUUUCUCAUCCCAUAUCUCUUGGUCCUCAUUUUCAUCGGAAAGCCACUCUACUAUCUUGAGUUUUGCUUGGGACAAUUCGCCUCCUUCGGACCGGUCAAGCUGUGGGAGUUGUCGCCAGCAUUCAGAGGUAUUGGCUAUGGUCAGGCAGUCUCAACAAUGGCAGUUUUGACCUUCUACACCUUCCUGAUGGGCCUUUGUGUAUUCUUCUUCUUUGCCUCCUUCCAUAGUGUGCUGCCAUGGUCAAUAUGUGGUCCAUGGGCCUCCAGCAAUUGCUUAAACUCCAACACAAACACAACCCUCCUCAACUUCUCCUCCUUUACCACUGCCGCUGAAGAAUACUUCAGGGAGGUGGUGCUACAAGUGGAUCCCCUUGGGUUCAAUAAUGGCAUAGGGUUACCAGAGUGGCGUUUGUCACUAUGUCUGCUUGCAUCUUGGGUGAUCAUCUUCAUAGUGCAAGCAAAGGGUGUACGCAGCUCGGGCAAAGCAGCCUAUUUCACUGCCAUCUUCCCAUACUUGGUGCUCUUUGUCAUGCUCGGUCGUGGAGUCACACUGCCAGGUGCCUCCAAGGGCAUCCUCUACUUCAUCACCCCAAGAUGGGAGAAGCUGCUUGAGCCUAGGGUAUGGUAUGCUGCUGUGGAGCAGGCACUUUUCAGCUUGACUAUUGGGUUCGGUGUGGUGGUGAUGCUCGCCUCGUACAACAACUUCCGACACAACGUCUAUCGCGAUGCUACCAUCAUCUCCUUUGCUGACACCUUCACCUCUCUCCUGGCUGGUUUCACCAUCUUCUCCAUCUUAGGACACCUGGCCGAGCUAAUGGAUGUUGAGGUAUCAGAGGUGUUGAAGGGAGGUGGCACAACAUUAGCCUUUAUCAGCUACCCAGAUGCAUUGGCCAGGUUCCAGUAUGUCCCUCAACUUUUCUCUGCAAUGUUUUUCUUGAUGCUGUUCACCCUGGGUCUGGGCAGUGCUGUGGCCUACACUGCCACCAUUAUCACCGUCAUUUGUGACCAGUUUCCUCAUAUAAAAAAAUGGAAAGUGACACUCUGGGUGUGCAUAGUGGGGUUCUUGGUGGGGCUCUUAUACACCACCCCACAAGGACAGCACAUUCUCACACUUGUCAACCACUAUGCAGGUGGAGUAUCAAUCAUGUUUCUGAUGAUCCUGCAACUGGUGGCCGUUAUGUGGGUAUACGGCCUCAAGAAGUUGUUAUAUGACAUCGAGUUCAUGUUGCACAGGAAGACAGGACUCUACUGGAAGAUUUGCUGGGGUGUCCUCAACCCACUCUUCAUCACCAUUGUGUUUGUGUUCAGUCAGAUUACUGCCAAGCCCCUCACCUAUGGUGAUUAUGUCUUUGGCAAUGUAGCCACUGGAUUUGGGAUUGGAUUGGCAGGGUUUUCUGUGGCAAUGGUACCGUUGUUCUUCCUCUUGGAGGUGUGGAAUAAGAAGAACACUGCUGGCAUCUCUACCCUGUGGGAGGUCAUCCAACACACCUUCAAACCUACUUCUGCCUGGUCCCCCAUGGAUCCAGACCUAAGCAAAGAAUAUCACCACUUUCUUGCCUCUAAGAAACAGAAAAGUACAGAGGGUAAAUAACCAAUAUCCUUUUGCAUUUUGCAACACAAGAGACCCCUACAGUAAAACAGGAGUGAACUUGCUUAGCAGAGUUUGUAGCUAAUGUAGUCAUAAGUGUACAACAGAUUUUACUAAUUAUUUUUUAAAGCACUAUCACUCCUUGAAGUACUGUACAUAAAAGAAUCCUUGUAUAGUAUUUUCCAUUUAUCUAUCCACAAAUCUAUGCAGGGUGAUUCACAAAGAUGAACAAUAAAUUGCAGGGCGUAUUCCUGGGACAAUUCUAGGCCACGAUGUAUGCAGUAUACUACAAGCUUUGUUAAUAAAUUUGUUAAACUAAAAAAAAACUAAAUCAGUAAAAGCAUAACAUUCACUUGACUUAAUACUCUCUAUGUGUCUGUUAAUAGUUUCUAGUGUGA